AUGCCGCUGCCAGAUUUGUGUUUCAGGCACAUCGGCAGACGUCGGCAACGAUCCUUCUACAUGAACUGCAUUGGCUGCAGGUUUGUCAGAGUUUGCCUCCACGCAGUUGUUCUAGCGUCGUCUGUUCUGAUAGCAACCUGUCAGUUCUACAACCCAAGAGAAGGCGGAGUGUUUUGCGUGUUUGACUUUCAAUGUCCCAGGUCCUACUUGUGUGACAACAGCCACUGUAAAAAACCGACGAACGAUAAUUGGGAAACAUCUGAGAAUGAAAACGAAUCUGGAUCGAAAAACGAGGAUAGCAAAGAAGUGACAACAGCGACAUCAACAAAUGAGACAACCACCGAGCCUACAACAGAUAAUCCAACGACAACUGUUGUUCCAACAACCGCUGAGCCAACAACAGCUGAACCAACAACAGCCGAGCCAACAACAGCUGAGCCAACAACAGCAGAGCCAACAACAGCUGAGCCAACAACAACCGAGUCUACAACAGCUGAGCCAACAACAGCUAAGACUACAACAGCUGAGCCCACAACAGUUCAACCAACAACAGCUGAGUCAACAACAGCUAAGCCAACAACAGCUGAGCCAACAACAGCUGAGCUAACAACAGCCGAGUCUACAACAGCUGAGCCAACAACAGCUAAGACUACAACAGCUGAGCCCACAACAGCCGAGCCAACAACAGCUGAGCCAACAACAGCUGAGCCAACAACAGCUGAGCCAACAACAGCCGAGUCUACAACAGCUGAGCCAACAACAGCUAAUACUACAACAGCUGAGCCAACAACAGCUGAGCCAACAACAGCUGAGCCAACAACAGCCGAGUCUACAACAGCUGAGCCAACAACAGCUGAGCCAACAACAGCCGAGUCUACAACAGCUGAGCCAACAACAGCUAAGACUACAACAGCUGAGCCCACAACAGUUGAGCCAACAACAGCUGAGCCAACAACCGCUGAGCCAACAACACCGGAGCCAACAACAGCUGAGUCAACAACAUCUGAGCCAACAGCAGCUGAGCCAACAACAGCUGAGUCUACAACAGCUGAGCCAACAACAUCCCAGUCUACAACAGCCGAGUCUACAACAGCCGAGUCUACAACCGCUGAGCCAACAACAGCUGAGCCAACAACAGCUGAGCCAACAACACCUAAGCCAACAACAGCUGAGUCAACAACAGCUGAGCCAACAACAGUUGAGCCAACAACAGCCGAGUCUACAACAGCUGAGCCCACAACAGCUGUGCCAACAACCGCUGAGCCAACAACCGCUGAGCCAAUCACAGCUGCGCCAACCACUGAGGUGCCAACUACCGCUGAGCCAACAACGGUUGCAUCAACAACAGUUGAGCCAACCACAGCUGAACCAACAACCGCUGAGCCCACAACAGCUGAGCCAACGACCACUGAGCCAACAAUAGCUGAGACAACAACAACUAAGUCAACAACCGCUGAGCCAACAACCGUUGAACCAACAACCACUGAGACAAGAACUGCUGUGUCAACCACUGCUGCGUCAACUACUGCUGCGUCAACCACUGCUGCGACAGCAACUGCUGUGUCAACCACUGCUGCGGCAACAACUGCUGCGCCAACCACUGUUGCGACAACAACUGCUGCGUCAACCACUGCUGCGUCAACCACUGCUGCGACAACAACUGCUGAGUCAACCACUGCUGCGACAACCACUGCUGCGACAACAACUGCUGCGACAACAACUGCUGCGUCAACCACUGCUGCGACAACAACUGCUGCGUCAACAACUGCUGCGACAACAACUGCUGCGUCAACCACUGCUGCGACAACCACUGCUGCGACAUCAACUGCUUCUGUACCCUCGAAGGAAACAACCAGUCCCGAUGCAGCGGGCAAAAAAUGUAUAACAGAGAAACAAUGUCCAGGCGACGACAUAAUGUGCAUAAUGGGAACUUGUGUGAAGAAGCAACAGUGUUCUUUCAGAGGUGAUUGCGAGAAAAACUUGGCCGAAUGCGUUGGGGGAAGGUGUGAGAAGAUAGCAUGCAGUUCAGCUCAGGAGUGUCCGUUUUUCAUGAAUUGUGAAGACUCUCUUUGUGAGGGCAUUUCAUGCAGUGAGCCUUGGGAAUGCCGCGGAGGAACUACGUGCACUGACAAGGGUUUCUGCUACCAGGAUAUUGGAUUUCGUUCUAAAUACUCAAAAGUAGAGAACAAAAACUCUGAAAUGGUUUUGGAAGAAGCAAAGAGUUUGACUGACGGCCAUGCACGUAAUAACAAAAUCAUCAUGGACUCGAAUAAGCUAAAAGACACCCAAUACGCUUUUUAGGAGGAAAGUUUUGUAGUUGAUCGCCACAUCGCGUAGCUGAUAUCUAAGGGAUCCAGCUUUGGAUGAAGUAUAAUAAAGUCGCAAAGAAACAGAACAUUUUCUUAUUUCAAGCUGCCAUUAAUUGCC